AUGAUAUUCUCAAGGAUAGCCAUACACACUGUCCAGGCCUGGUCCGAAAAUAACGGAGUUCGAUUCUCAGCCGAAAAAACGAAAUGUAUCUGUUUCUCGCAGAAAAGCGGGCAAUUACCUCCACCCCUCCAGCUUCAGGGAAUAAAUCUUGACUAUGUUCCUCAAGCCAAGUUCCUAGGAGUGGUUUUUGAUCAGCACCUCUCAUGGAAACCGCAUAUAGAUCACUUAAAGGCUACCUGUCUAAAAAUUGUAGACCUUCUGAAAGUCCUCUCUCAUCCUAUUUGGGGAGCCGACACCCAAAUCCUCCUUCGUAUCUACAGAACAUUACUACGACCCAAACUUGAUUAUGGAGCAGUGGCCUACUCAGCAUGCCGUCCCAGGCUCCUUACACCUCUAAUCACUCUUCAGAAUUCUGCAUUACGAAUAGCCCUUGGGGCCUUCCGCACAAGCCCAGUUAUCAGCCUCUAUAGCAUAGCAAAGGAACCGCCUCUUCUUUUCCGUUUCAAGUACCUUCAGUUAUCCUUCGCAGCUAAUACCUCUAGAAAUCCCAGCAAUCCUGUUUUCCAGCAUGUAUUUACCGAUCGCCUGACUAUACUAUUUGAUCGCAAACGACACCUAAUCCCACCCAUCUCAAUUCGCCUUCAACAAGAUCUGGUAACUCUCGGAAUACCGUCCUUCCCCGCUAUUCUUCCAUAUGAGUUCGCUACACCCCCGCCCUGGCUAAUUCCAUCUCUUCGACCAGACACCACUCUCCUCCAGUUCACCAAAACUAAUACACCCGCUUCAGUGAUCCAGACAGAAUUUCAUACCUUACAAGCAACCUGCUCAGAUUCGACUUUUCUAUACACGGACGCUUCGAAAUCAGUCACAGGCGUCGUCGGUUCAGCCGUCGUUGGGCCUUCCGUACGCCGACUAUUACGGCUACCAUCUCCAGCUAGUGUGUUCACGGGCGAACUCUACGCUCUCCUCCAAGCCUGCAAGAUUAUCACCACGAUGAGCGCCUCUAAAUACUGCAUUUGUACCGACUCUUUAGCCAGUCUAAGCGCACUGCGAAAUAUUUAUUCAACCAAUCCGUUGAUCAUGCAAAUUUUUGAAGUGUGGACCAUGCUCUCCAAUAGCGGCAAAACCGUCCGUUUCAUCUUUGUUCCAUCUCACACUGGCAUAUCGGGAAACGAAGAAGCUGACAGGGCUGCUAAAGAAGCAGUCGAAUCGGAAUCUGCCGCAGAAAUUUUGUUAGUCCCAGCACCUGACGCCAAAAGUUUAUUUAAACAGGCUAUCAUUCAAAAGUGGCAAACAGACUGGACCUCUACGCCUACAGCAUUGCAGCAGAUUAAGCCAGAAGUUAACUGUAUACUUCCACUUCCGCCAGAUCGUCGUGAUCAAGUCGUUUUAACGCGGUUGCGAUUAGGACACACUCGGCUCACCCAUGGAUACCUGCUCAACCGCACCUCCCCAGCUACUUGCCAGCAAUGCGGAUGCCGUCAAACUGUCCAGCAUCUCAUCUGCGAUUGUCCCCACUGGCAAACCCAACGCAACCAUUUCCAAAUAUCACCCAACCUCGCCGAAGCGCUAGGAAGUACCAUCCCGAACGUGGUCAACAUCCUUCUGUUUCUUAAACAUAUUAAGCUGUUACCAUGGCAACGGGAAGUUAAAAUGCACGUGUGCGGGAAAUUCGAACUCCCGCACGGUGGUGAAUGCGCGAAAGCCAUCAAAAAAGGUCAUGAGUGCAAAAAAUAG